CUCGCUCAGAAGUUGGGGAUACCGAGAGCCUCUCUCGGAAAUCAGACGGAGCCGCAGAAGAAUCCAGAAGGGGCGACUGUGUCCGGGCGAGGAGAACGCGCGAGCUCGGUCGGAUGUUAAUGACAUCGUAGAUACUUAAGAGAGCGGGUCUGCAUGGAGGUGUGUUGUUCCAAAAGCUCCCGUAUCUGCGUGGCCGCUGCAUUUCCGCGCAGAGCUCUGUCGCGUUUCCUCUCUAAUCCACAAACGAUUAGAGAGCACCUGAGGAAUUGCCCCACGGGCGAGGUGGGUCGGCGUUGCCUCGUGAGCUCACGACGCGCGCGCCCUCUCCACCCCGCUGAGACCUCAAUUAAUUCCGCCGCCGCACGAGACAGACAUGCUCUGCGGAGCGCGCGCCUUCAGCGAAGAAAAGCUCCGAAUAUGCGGCUCGAUAAGAAGCAAAUGACGCCAACCACACGCUGUAACUUUUAGCUCGUCUGGAUCCGAAAUUGAUUUCUUCUUCUUCUUUUUGUUUUGUUUUUUGGGGCGUACGCUCUUCCGCGCGCCGAAGUGACUCUCCUUAACAAGUGCAGCCAAACAGUCCGUCCGUGUUUGCAGCUCGCGCUCAGCGGCCGGCGGACGCUCGCUGUAAGAUGAGGCUUGGCGGCGUCAUUUUAUUCGUCGCUUUCUGCUCUUUCACAGCCUAUUAUGUUUACGAGCCAAUUCCUGAAAGGAUAGAGGAGAGAUGGAAACUCAUGCUGACCAAUUCCUUUUUCAGAACUCUCAGUCACCUGGCAGACCUGUGUGAGUCAGCGGGUCUGAAGGACUACAUGGAUGUAAUGUAUGUCAUUACUCUAUUAGAAAAGAUCGUACCGGUGUCUGAUGAGCAUGUCAAAGUGACAGAAGAAAAGUUCGACGGCGUGGAGGUGGUGCUUUACCAACCGAAGCGCCAGGGCGGAGACGCUGACCUGAGGAGAGCCGUCAUUUAUCUGCACGGGGGAGGAUGGUGUCUAGGAAGCUCCCGGAUGAGUCCAUAUGAUCUGCUGGCCAGAAAGAUCGUCACUGAACUUGAUGCUGUCGUUCUGUCUGUAGAGUACCGCCUCGCCCCUGCUCACCAUUUCCCCGUCCCAUAUGAGGACGUGCACCGUGUGGUCAAAUACUUCCUCCAGAAGGGGGUGCUAGCCCGGUACUCUGUGGACCCGGGGCGUGUUGCUGUGUCAGGGGAUAGUGCUGGAGGGAACCUUGCAGCGGCAGUCUCUCAGCAGCUGCAGAAAGAGUCUGAGCAGCAGAUCAAGCUGAGGGCUCAGGCACUCCUUUACCCCGUGCUGCAGGCGUUGGACCUCAAGACGCCUUCAUAUCAGCAGAAUGAAGACAUGCCGAUUCUGCCACGCACGCUCAUGGUGCGCUUCUGGAGUGAGUAUUUUACGAGCAACAAAGCCCUCUUCAGAGCCAUGAUGGCCAACUCGCACAACAGCCCCGAGUCGUCCAGGUUACUGAAGUUCGUCAACUGGAGCGCCUUUCUGCCGGAGGCAUAUCACAAAGAGUACAACUACAGCGCUCCCGCUGUUGCGCAGGGAACCGAAGGGGAGGCGGCCGGGAUGGCCGGGCCAUCUCAGUCAUUGGCCGACCCCAGGGCGUCGCCUUUGCUUGUCCCGGACGCGGACCUGCACUCUCUACCCAAGGCGUACAUUCUGACGUGCGAGUACGACGUCCUCAGAGAUGACGGGAUCAUGUACGCCACACGGCUCCGGGCGGCUGGCGUUGAGGUGACGCACCAGCACUAUGACACGGGAUUCCACGGAGCACUGAUGUUUACUGUGUGGCCCACUGACUUCCUCAUUGCACGUCGCAUGACAGACAACUACAUUAAAUGGCUCAAGGAUAAUUUGUAAAAAGAAAAAAGAUAACUUUUGACUAUAUAAGUGGGUAUUCCAGUUAUUUUUUUUUCCACACAAUGCACUAAUGUUUAGUUAAAAUUUUUUUCAUGUUGUUUUUAACUUUUGGUGGUGUACUUCUUUGGUCAUGCUGUUUUUGUUUAAAUAUGCUAAUUUCAUAACUUCCUUCUAAUGGAUUUUGCCUAAUUUUGAAACUGUAGUGAACAUAUUUUUUUAAUUUUAAGGUGACGAGUGAAAUGCAUCAUCAUUUCAUUGCGCUAGCUGCAAACUCAAUGCUUAUGUAUAAUAAAACUGUGACUAUCAUAUUAGUUUGAUGGACAGGUUUGUUUUUAAACUCUGAACAGAGCUCCUUCUUAUUGCUUCGCACCACAUGAUUUUCCUUCAGAUCUUGUAUUUAUUGUAUCAAUAUUAGUCUUAAUAGUCAGUAAUGCAUACCUCUGGAAGUAAAACCUCCCUGCAGAGAUUUGAAGAAUUCAUUAUAAGUCUUUGCGAGCAGGAGAGGAUUUUUCCAGAUGCUUUUUUGGCCAAAGUUAACAUUUAUCACAGUAUGUACCGCAUUCCAAAGAGUUACAAAUGAGUUCAACGAUUUGUAACUUGUUGACUCAUUAUAGUUUCUGAUCCAAAGAUUGGUAAAAUUUAAUUUUGCCGCUGGAGUGAGGGGGACAAGAACAACAACAACAAAACAUGAAUGUGACACACCCUUGAAUUUUAAUUUUCACUUCUUGCAAGUAACCAAUGUACAACGUUUUGGUUUCCUGGUCAUAUGAGGUCAGUGAAUGUUGAUGGUCCAUAUUCCAUUUGACUAUUAGUAAAAAAAAAAAAUAUAUAUAUAUAUCCAACCAUCGCUAACAUUUGUUUAAGAAAGCACAGCAGAGAUUGUUGCAACGACGGGGCAAAAAGAGUGAUGUAAUGAAGAAAUGUGGUAAUGAUUGAUCAUGAAGCCUUAAUCUAUAGAGAGCGUCCCAAUUUAUAACUUAUAAUAUGCAGCAUCAACAUUUAGAUUUGGAGCACAAACGACUCUGCUCACCCCAUUCUGAAAACAAAACUUUUAAGUUUUUACAUAAAACCCAGAAGUUGAUAGAAAAUGAAGCUGUAGCAUAUGACUCAAGUUUCAGGUAGACGAUUUUAAAGUUGUAAUAUAUUUAUUACCAUACUUGGUUUUCAUAUUAACAUUAUUCAGAAAGAAUGUUUUUGCUGACUAAACCCCAGUCAUUGCAAACGCUGAAUAUAACUCAUUUGCAUUUCAGGACUAUUUCAUUUAUUUAAUUUAAUAUAUGAAAUGAAUGAACAAGUGACAGCUUGAGAAUUCUAUUUUUAUUAACGUUAUUAAAAAUGUCAAUACUGCCACUCCCUCUGCUACUAACAAUGUAACUUCCCACAUUUGCCCUGUGUCGUGUUUUUUGCCCCAACACGUUUUCGUUCUCGGAUGUUCAAAAUUAGUUUUACAUUUUGUUUCUGCAGCUGGAAAAUGUGUGGGCCUCAUGCAAGUUUCGUGUAAAAUGACAAUAAAAUGACUUAUGCUUUCACUGCUAAAAAUUGUUGGGUUUUUUUUGGUCUGAUGUGAUCACACGUUUCUAAAGAAGAGGUUACAUGUUGUA